AUGGCUGUAGAUAAUGGUUUGCUAUCACGUAGCGACACCGAGAACACUGUGCGCGACACUACACACACAAGCCAAAUCACAAUCUCCGACAAGAUGAGAUUGCUUGAAGACGCGCGAAGACUCGCCGACACCUACGGACCAGAGGCGGCGCGACAUGUAGCAUCUGCUGCAGACAAGGCAUGGACACACGGUAGCGCUUUCGGUCAAGAAGUAGCAAAACGUGCUGGUCCAGCCGCCGCAGACGCGAGAACUCAUCUGGGCAGGCUCAGUAAGGAAGCGGGCGAACAUGCCGCUCCCGUUAUCAGCAGUGCUUCGAAGAAUGCUAUGAUACUUGCCCGGGCAGCCUACCACAGCGGCAAACAAGGUCUACACGCCCUGCCGCAGGUCCCAGAUGGAUACAUGAACGAAGAGUAUGACUGGAAGUUCAUCACAAAGUUCGGGGAAGACAUGGCGAACCAUCUUGGUACUACAGCCGGCGACGUCUGGGAGAAGCUAAGCAGCGGCGACAUCCUCCAUGACAUUGGUCAGGCGGCUAUCCCGAACAUUGAGUUCACCAAAGAAGAUCUCACGGGGUUCAGCGAGAGGCUCAAAGCUUGGAUUCUCGCCAAUCCCAAAUUGUUCACCACGUUGCUGGCAUGUAUCGCUUCGGGCCCCAUCGCUCUUGCUGUCACACCGGCCAUGCUAGGCCUUGUGGGCUUCACACCCAUCGGCAUCGCUGCUGGCUCCAUGGCUUCUGCAUUCCAAGCAGGCGUCGCUCCCAUCGCUGCGGGUAGCGCUUUCGCUAUCCUUACGAGUGCCGCAAUGGGACGGUAUGGGCUUGCAAUCGUCCAGGCGAUUGCUGUAGGCUCAAGCGUGACAGGAACUUGCGGUAUCGCAGCCAGCGCAUUCAUGGAAGCUGUCAAGGAAGACCAACAGUCUAGGAAAUCGAAGACGGAGUAA